AUGAAUUUGGAAAACAGUACACCUAAAGAUGAAGAGACAGUUUCCUUUAAUAAAAGAAUCGCUAAUGUUCUAGGAGAAGAUAUACAAUGCCCUGAAGGAAUUUCACUACUUAGUAGUGUUGAAGUCUCUACUUUAUCAGAGUUAUGUAUGACUAGAGAUCAAUCACCCAACACACGAGAUAGUAGACCUAUAGAUAAGAUCUCUAAAGAGGACUUAAAAUUAACAGCUCCUACUGAGAUAAAUGAUUUAAGUAUUAUUGAUGGUAAAUUUCGAUGUGAUAUAUGUAAAAAAGAUACGUGGGAAUUUAGAAUCCGCUGUGCAGAGUGUGUUGAAUAUGAUUUAUGCUUAGAAUGCUUUUGUGAAGGGAAGACUAGUGGCGAACACCAGUCUGAUCAUGCUUAUAUACCUAUAGGACGUUAUAUGUUCAAUUUAUUAGUUGAAGAUUGGACUGCAGAGGAGGAGUUAUUGUUAAUGGAAGCUGUUUCUCGCUAUGGUUUGGGUAAUUGGUCCGAAAUAUCGAAAUAUAUUACUGAGGGUCCAGCAGGAGCACUAUCAUUAUAUCAGAAAUCUACAAAGUCUGGAUCUGGCCAUUCUGCCGAUGAAUGUGAGCGUCACUAUAAUGUUUUUUAUUUAUCUAGUGCUACAAAACCUCUUCCUGAUACAAGGAACUCUUGUAAACUUGCAACUCAGUCUAUAGAAAAUAAUAAGUCUGAAUUAACAAAAGAAACAAAUUUUCCAGUAGAUACCCCAAUGAAUAUUGAUCACUCUAAUAUAGCUGUAAUAGUAAAUGAUGAAGAUUCUAAUAUAUCUACUAUUAAACCUGAAAUCAAACAAUGCAACUCAGCUAUAAAACAACAAAACAACACGAAUUCUACAACUACCAAUACUAAACCAAAUACUAGUGUUAUUGGUUACAUGCCACUAAGGGGAGAUUUCGAUGUAGAAUAUGACAAUGAUGCAGAAUUAUUAUUAGCAGAUAUGGAAUUUAGGGAUAAUGAUACACCACAAGAAAAAGAACUGAAAUUGCAGAUUCUAGAAAUAUAUAACUCCAAAUUAGAUGAAAGAAUUUACCGUAAACGUUUUGUCAUUGAACGUAAUUUGUUAGAUAUUAAGAGUCAACAACAGAAAGAGAAGAAGAGAACAAAAGAAGAAAGAGAACUGUACUCUUUUCUCAAACCAUUAUCCCGUUUCCAAACAGAGGAAGAACAGGAUAAAUUUGUAUCUUUACUUAUUGAAGAAAAACGUAUUAGAAAUCAUUUACAAAAAGUCCAAGAAUGGUGUAGUUUAGGGAUUAGGACACUUGAUGAAGUUCGUCGUUAUGAAGAAGAGAAAAGGCGACGUGAAGACUUUCGCAGUAAAGUUAUUAAUCUAGCUCAAACAAAUAGUACAAAUUCAACAACAGAUGUAACCAGUGGUAGUAAUACUACUUCAAGAGUUAUUCCAGUAGCUCCUUUGGGAUUGGGGUUAGGAAAUGUUAAGGUACAACCAAAUGGUCCCACACCAUUUGUUUAUGAAAGUCAAGCAAGAUCUUUAAAAAAACAUAAUAAGUCAAACAUUUCUAAUUCAAUUCAAGUUACACAUGGUAACUCAAACACUAGUGGUAAAUCUACAAGUCAAAUUGGGGUUAACUUGAAUAUACCAAUAGAAAAUUACCCUGGAGCAUCAUUAUUGACAGAAACUGAAAAACAAUUCUGUGAUAAAAUUCAAUUAGCCCCUAUUUUUUACAUAUUAGCUAAGAGGAUUUUGUUACAAGAAGCAAGAAGUCAAUUGAGUGGGCUUUCAAAAGAUGAGUUUUCUAGGGUAAUUCGAUUAGAUGGACACAAGGCCGGUUUGCUUUAUGAUUUUUGUUUAUCUUUUGAUGUUCAAAAAGCACAGGAUGAAAUAAAUAAGUAG